AUGGCUGUACGCACUGCUAUAGUAGACGGAGAGUUGGACACAGCAGGCUUAAUUAAAUGGGCGAAAACUCCCAAAGCCGGAGCCAUUGUUUUCUUUGGUGGGACAACAAGAGACAAUUGCGAUGAUAAGACGGUGGUCUCGCUAGCAUACGAAGCGUACAUUCCACGAGCCGAGAAGACUCUGCGCGAGAUUGCCCUUAAGGCGUCAGAGAUGCCGGGUGUGCACAAUGUAGCUAUCGAACACCGGAUUGGAACCGUGCCCGUUUGUGAAGAGAGUGUGGCAAUUGUGGUGGCCACCUCCCACCGUCAUCAAGGCUGGGAGGCAGCCAAAGAUGUCCUCGAGAAAGUCAAAGAGUCCUUGGAGAUCUGGAAGCGUGAGGUAUUUGACGACGGAAAGAGCCAAUGGGUCGAGGGCGUAGCCCGUAAAGGUUAA